AUGAUAGCACAACUAUAUGUUGAUGACAUUAUGUUUAGAGGGAUGUCGAAUCAGAUGGUCCAACAUUUUGUCAGGCAUAUGCAAUCUGAAUUUGAGAUGAGUCUUGUUGAUGAAUUGACUUACUUUCUUGGUCUUCAAGUCAAACAAAUCGAUGAUACUAUCUUUAUCUCUCAAAGCAAGUAUGCUAAGCGUGUAGUGAAGAAGUUUGGCAUGGAAAAUGAAAGUCACAAAAGGACACCUGCACCAACCCACUUGAAGUUAACUAAAGAUGAAAAAGGUGUAGGUGUGGAUCAAAGUCUAUACAUGAGUAUGAUUGGUAGUUUGCUAUAUCUUACAGCUAGCAGAUAUGACAUCACAUUUGUUGUAGGAGUGUGUGCAAGAUAUGAGACUGAACCUAAAAUGAGUCAUAUUACUCAAGUGAAAAGGAUCCUGAAAUACAUCAAUGGUACUAGUGAUUAUGGAAUGGUGUAUUCCCAUAAUGCAAAUUCCAUGCUUAUAGGGUACUGUGAUGCAAAUUGGGCAGGUAGUGCUAAUGAUAGAAAAAUCACUUAUGGAGGAUGUUUCUUCUUGGGAAAUAAUCUUAUAUCAUGGUUCAACAAGAAGCAAAAUUGUGUGUCAUUGUCUAUUGCUGAGGCUGAAUAUAUUGCAGCAAGAAGCAAUUGCUCUUAA